CACCGCUUUAGCUGCACUUUGCGCCCUUCGGAGCGGAGUAAAAUAAAACGGAUAUACAAUACAGUAUUGUAACUAUGUAUAUUGAUGAAGAGAGAAAGAGAUCACAUUUGACAGAGAAAGUAACACCAGGUGCAGCUGAGAAACUCCGAAGGAACCGGAACCGUUAACGGCGAGCGAAAAGACGCGGACUUCCUUGCGCGAAUCCCGAAAUGUGUUGCGCGACGGCAAAACCGUCGCUGUGAAACGACUUGCUAGAACUUGAGAAACGCCGCCAUAUUGCGAGAGAGAGGUUGCUAGUGUUGACUGAAUGCGCGGCCUAGGUGUUUACGCGGUCUCGGCUGAGAGUCGAUCUGGUAAGUGCGAAUCGAUCCCGUAGUUGCCAUCAGGAUACUUCGCACCAGGAGCACAACUACGGGCGGACUCUGCGUCCUGUGACGUGUUGUGCGAUUUGUGGUGCUCUGACAUGAGCGGCAGCAACGGCGAGAACGGCCGACAACGCGAGAGGAUCAUCACUACCACCAGCAGCAGCACUACAAUUACAACAACCACCACCAGUAACGGCAGCGGCGGCAUCACCGGAAAUAGCGGUGUGAUUGUGAUGGGCGAUUCGGCGGUCGCAGCAACAGCAACGAAGCACCGCGUCAACGACGAUCCCGCGCGUACGCGCCAAGACUUGGACACGCCGAACGACCACGAGGACAGGGACGCGCGCGUGUCUCCCGUCAUCGCCAACUUCGUCACCACAGGGAUGAGUUUACUGGAGCAAAUACCUUGGUCUUUGCAGUGUGCCACAACCGAUCAGCGCGUGAUCGACGCUUUUAUCAGAGGCGCCAGAGCGCGCAAUAUUAACUCGCUAGAGAACAGAUCGCAAUCUAGCUUACCUCGUGUAAGCGCCAACCGGCUCGCCAACACGCACUUGUGCUCAUCUCCGACCGGCGUGGGGAGUCCGGUGCGAAGAAAGAAUCACGAGAAAGAAUCUUGCUCUUGUGAUACUUACAAAGCUCAACGAGAUAUGUUCAGGGAAGAACUGCAGAAGGCUAUGAAGUUUCAGAACUUGUGGAAUGAACUGAGGCAGUACAUACGUACUGCCUUUAACAUUGCUUUGGAGGAUACAUCCAAGUCUUUGCAAUCUCAGUCAAACAGAUUAGUCUCCUCGGUUGAUAUGCGUGAUACCGUCAUUCAAUUAUGUAGAAGAGAUCCUCACCAGUUUUUCAUGAGAUUAGUAAGCCAGGCGCAGGAAUUUGUGAUAGAAGUAAAAGUUCGUUUGUUCUCUCUUCUACAAGAUCGUAAUGUGAAGCAUCUGGCGAAGGCUUUUCUUAACGGUCUCUUAGAUGAUUAUGAUGCACUCAUAUCAACAGCGAUUUUGAUCUCGCGUUUAGUACAACCGUUAAAAGAAUACCUCUUCAAGUUUAAUUUAACGUGGGAUUGUUUCAUCAAAAAGUUGUAUCAGCUUUAUGUAUAUAAUGAUUCUUUAGUCCAAAACAAUUUACCUACGUUUAUCAGCCAGCUGACGCAAAGUCCGUAUCUGCCAGUGAAAGGCUCCGAAUAUCGAGUUCUUGUUCACAGAUACUUAGCUUUUGAUGAUGAAAUGACGAAAAUCGGUAAUCUGUGGCCCGAGACGGAGUCGUGGAUGGAUAAAUUUAAUGCAGAACAGGCCGUUCGUAUGACGAGACUCAGGCAGAUCAGAGAAGCCUGGGAAUUGUUUUCGACAACGCGCAAACUGAUGGAGCACAGUAUGCUGAAUAAGACACCCGAAAUCGCAACUGAAAUGCAAGAGAUUCACGGGCAGUUCUCAUCGCUCAUUGCGCACACGUCCGGAAGCAGCAGCCGACCUCUAAGUCCAACAGUAGAAUUCACAACAGAUUCCGUGGCUAUGCCACCGAGCAUAGAAAUAGUUCAAAUAUUGCUGGACGACUGGAAUAAAGCACAACACCAAAAGCUGGCGGACAUAGCCGGCGCGUUGACUGCCACCGAGAUGAUAGAUUCGGCUGAACAGGACGAAUCCGCCCGUAGUCAGUUGGCACAGUACGCUAUUAGAUCGUUUAGUAUUCACAGUGAUGAUUCCAACAGUGAUGACAGUGACGAAAUGGAGAAUGGACUCGAGAAUGGGAAAGGAUGCGGUUGCGACACAUGUAGCGAAAGAGAAAUAAAUCACACUGACACGCAACAUAAGACCGAAAAUGCCGAUAGGAGCAGUAAAACUUUAUUUCCAGAUAAAAAAAUGUUUUUAGAAGGUCUUGCAAAUUCGUCAACGACGCAAGUUAAAAAGGAACUAGACACUUCGAAUAAUAAAGACAAAAAAAAAGAGGAGGUGAUACGCGAUAUUUUGCACAAGAAUAUCGGCUCGAAGACACCGGAACCGGAACCUUGUCAGUGUGUUUAUCAACACGCGCGGGAAAUAGUAGAAAGGAAGAAGGAAGUUCUUGAAAACCCGCCCUGUCCUUGUUUGCUGAACUCGAGACGCAAGUGGGACAUGUGUCCUUGUUUGACUAAGCCUCCAAAAACAAUUAUACCCGGUCGUCCUAAAGCGGUGUCGCCGACUUCGACGGCAAAGACCAAUCCUGAACCGGUCCAAAAACCCGCGCCUAAGAGCAAUACGCAUUCCACCCAGACUCAAACAAGGCACUCUAUGACGCAGACGCCUAACACGGCUCACAAUCACAACACCCAGGGUAAUACUCAUCCACACGCUCACGGGCCGAAUCUGACGAAAAACACAGGUCCGUCUCAUCCCAGACUUCAUUCGCUUAAUCAUACAUCGCACGCGUGCCACCAGCAAGCCCAUGUCGAGCACAUCAAAAGAGUGUCGUGUAAUGAUUUGGGUUACACGGACGGGGACUGUUGCUCGGAUGCGGGAAGCAGCGACGACGACUCGUGCACCAGCGGCAGCUCGGCGGGAUUGCACAGGGACAACAGCACAAGACACUGCGACUGUUGCUACUGCGAGGUCUUUGGUCACGGAAUGCCACCGGUCGCGCCGGUGAGUCGGAAUUACAAAGAGACGCGGGAACGACUGCGCCAACUGCUAACAAAGAAGAAAGCCAAGAAGUGCACCGUAACUGGCUGCAGCCCGCCGCAGAGCCCGUCAGAAUCCUCGACACCCAAUGCCAAUUCCGAUCCGAAGGCUGUGAACGGCAGAUCGAACACUCCGCUUUCGACGGCGUCAACGAUUCAACACGAGCAACGAGAUCAGCGGGAUUUAGAAGAGUUGUUAGAGUUUAUUGAAGGUAAUCACAGCGGAAAGAAAGACAACAACAAAAAGGCCGAGAAGAAAGCGAGGCAGAAGCAACGAAAGCAGCUUGAAGAAAAGAUGAAGAAAGAUAGGCAAGAGGCCGAAAGACAAAAGUUAAUAGAGCUGCAAAAGAAAACACCGGAAGUGACGAUCACCGUUGUCGAUCCUCAAAAACCCGUACCUCAAAGACUAUUACCUCAAUGUAAUUUACCGGAAGUAUCUAUUUUGCCGACGUCGCCCUCGGUACCAGCGGCAAAACAAUUAAACAAUAGAAAAAAGGAUAAGCAGGACGUUAGUAGCAAUAGUAAUAAUAUUAACAGUAAUAAUAACAUUACUAACACAAAUAACAAAAAGACGGCGAAUUUAAAUGUGAAAAAUAAAAACGCUGAAAAGUGCGACGCGCGAAAUACAAAUUCCAAUCACGGGAAUAAUAAUAAUAAGAAUAACGCGAAGAGUGACAAGACUGAGAAUAAUAAGGGCAAGCAACCGGCCAGUAUUACUAAUAAUACGUGUACAAAGGGCAACUCAAAUAAUAAUAAUAUAAAUAAUAAUAAUAAUAAUAAUAAUAAUAAUAAUACAGACAAGUUGGCCGAUGUCGACUCGCUCGACAAAAAAUUGACUUUGACGAAGAAGGAAAAAAAGAAAUUGAAGAAGGAAAUGAAGAAGAGGUUGGCGGAGAAGAAGGCGACGGAAGUGGAAAGUUCGACGCAGACGGAUCCACCGCCGCAAAUAGUUACUAUCAAGAGAGAAAUGAGUUCGAACAACGCCGAACCUACCGUCACUAUCACUUUGAAAGGUCAGACACCGGCGGAGGACAAGAUUCUCUUCACAUUGGUAAACGGACAGACUAAGGAGCCUCCCUCGAAGUCGGAAGAGCAGAAUCAAAAUAACGGCGGAAAGAAAAAGAAAGUCAAGGCAAACAACAACAAUUUGCCGCAGCAAGGAAACAACAACAAAUUGCAGCAGAAUAAUUUGAAACAACAAACGCCGCAGACUCCGACCAGAACCUGCGAUGGCAAGAACUCGAAGCAGCAAGGGAACAACGAGAAGUCGAAGGCCGGCAAGCAAACGGACGAAAGGAAAGCUCGGCAGCAACAAAGCGGCAAUGAGACGAGAAAUUCCAAGUCGAAGAAAGACAAGAAGAGCACGGAGAACAAGGAGAACGUCAUGCAGCAGCAGAACACGGUGCAGAAUAAGACCAAGAAUCAACAGAAUGCAACUGAUAAAAAGCAGAAUAAGAACACGCCUCCUCAGACACCAGUGACGCAGAAACAGAAUCAGCAUAUUACGAACGAGACUGCGACUUCCAAAAAAGCGAAGAAACAGCAGCAGCACCAAGAUAAAAAUGUCCAAUCGAACAACGCGAGCAAUAAGAACAAUGUUAACACCAACAACGCUAAUAAUAAGAACGUAUCGAAUAAGAACGAUUCUCAAAAGACUGCAAAUAAAACGAAUCAAACUGUGAGCAAGCAACGUAUGCCUACAGAGUUACACAAUACGUCCUCCGAGCGAGUUAGUUCGCCGUCGCUUAGCAGCCAGUUCAAGGACGUUGGCCCGAAUACAAAGAUCGACAUCGAAAAUCUCAAAUUACCGCCUGGGAUCACCAUCACGAAGGUUGACGCGCCGCCCAAACCGCUCCCGAUCAAAACGUCCCAUCUGCCGAAGCCAGUGAAUCCGCCCAAACAAACCACCAUCAUUGCUGCGCCGAUGAGCGGCGUUCCGUCGAGCUUCGCGAGUCCGCCUACUGGCGGAAACGUAAUAGUGGUAGACACGGGCAAACUUAAGCAGGACUUAUUACCCAAAGCAAAUGAGAAAGAUUCUACGAAGGACUCGCAGGCUCCUACGAGCACCAGUAGUAAAAAGAAAAAGAAGAAGAACAAAAACUCAGCCAGUUCGGGGAACACGGCGUCUUCGUCGCCGGUGCAGAAUAGUAUGCAAAGUGACAUGUUCUCGAUUGAUCAGCCGACGGUGGAACCCGCGAGAAUACUGCACAAUCCCGGCACGAACACGGUGACCAUCAGGAAUCCGUCGUUCGGCCCGAUGAAAGUGCCGCCCACGCAACAGGCGGCGAUCAUCAAGGUGUCGGAGAACGGCAUGGUGACGAUCCGAAGUCCGGCACUACAACAAGCGAUCAAUGCAGGUUUGACGUCACCGUCACCCAAGCCCGAUUACAUAGUCAAGGGUGAUUUGACGAGUAGGGCGACCGCAGCGACGACGGCCGAUUGCAAUUCGUUGAAGCACGCGAACGGCAUCGCGCCGCCGAAUUUGGCGGAACUGCACAGCCGACUAACUGCACCGAAUUGCGCGCCGUCUGAACUGUCUAUCCAGAUCAGUAAGGUAACGAACGGUCAGCUGAUGCCGGCGGAGAACGGCAUCAAGGAUCCCGGUGUCACUCUGACGAAGGUGAGACCCGAGACAGCGGGCGCGGAGAACGCGCGCCAGGUCUCGAUAAAGAACGCUGGACUGAAGGAGGCAGCAACGGCGAUUACCGCUGCUUCGAUAACGGCGGUCAACAGCAACGGCAACAGUGGUGGGAAGAACAAGAAAAAGAAAAAGCGCGGAAACGGCACGAGGCAGUGCGGAGAUGACUGGAACCUCGUUGAGAGCGUAUUCACGCCCAAAGAUAUAGACCUCGAGAACGGGGAGAUGGACGACGUAGAGCGUGAGCUGGAAGCUUUCAAGAGAUUCUGCUUCCAAUCGGUGCCGCUGCCGCACAAGGAGAAGGUGAAUCUCAAUAUGCAGGACCUCAUGUUGAAGAAGAAGUCCUCCUCAUCGCCCUCAUCGUCAUCCUCGUCAUCGUCGUCGUCAUCCUCGUCCACGACGACAAACCCCGCCACUGUGAUAGCGGCUAAUUAAUUAUUUGUAAAAUAAUAAUAAUCUCGCGUAAUAUUGUUUAUAUUAGGAUCACGCGAUUAUAUAUACUGCCAUUGUGAUGGUGCGACACGGUCCGGGACGCGCGGUCGCAGCCACGCGAAAGAAAAAUCGCGUUUUUUAAGCAAAAAAAGAAAAAAAGAAUGUAUAAUGCCUUUUCGUAGAGAAAAAUGUCUUUGAAUGUUAGCGACUCUAACGAACAAACGGGAAGAAGAAGAAAAUACUCCGAGCGACGAUCAGGCAAUCUGUCGGAUCGGAGAGAAACGAUGUCACUGUAUAUGUGUACCGUUAAUUAAUAAUUAGGAAGCGAAAACUCCUUCACCUGUGGCGAGACUGACGAACAUUUGUAAAAAUUCGGUCUCGUCAACACUCUAUAAAUAAAUGCAAUUGUAAAGUUAUUAUAUUGUACAAGUAUCGAAAAAAAAAAAAAAAUGAGGAGCUACACAUUGCGUUUGCAACUGCGAGAGCUUUACACUAGCGAGAGUCAGCGGACGCCACUCGACAAAAUAAAAUAUAUAUAUAUAUAUAUAAAUAUAUAUAUAUAUAUAUAUACAAUGUGCGUGAUUAUAUACAAAUAGACUUAUACGCACUCCUUUGUUUUUUUUUCUUUUUUUUUUCAAUAAAAGUAAAAACGCGUUUUUAUCUACUUGAAGCGUCUAUUACCUCUAUGUGUCUCUGUAUUAUUUACAUUCUCCUCAAUAGUCUAUAUUCAUCUAAGUAAUCCAACAGUAGCACACACAAACAAACACACACAUCAAAAAGAAGGUAUAUAUAUGUAUACAUAAUUCAACAAAUGUACGCUGCAAUGUUUCUUAUUGUAUUGUAAUUAAAGUACUUUUUAUACGGUAAAACAAGUAUAGAAGCGUAUGACGCGACAGUGUUAUUGUUAUCGUACUUGUGCAUAUGAACUUAUUCUUUUCUCUGUCAUCAUUACACAUAUAAUACGAUAUCAAAAGAGAAUCAAUAGAACGUUCAAUAAGUAUUUACCCUGUGUGUGA